AUGUGGGUGGUCCGUGGGCUGAAGCCGACGCUCCCUUCGGGCCUUUGGGGUGCUUCGCGCGGCGUCGCAGCCCUCGCCUGCCUGGCAGAAGAGCGCCUCUCGGAGAACUUCGGAGCCCUGAUCCACGUCCCAAACACAUCGCUGCCAGCGCUGCGGUGCCCCGAUGUGGGCCGCGAGUUGCGCGGCAAAUGGCUGGAGAGGAGAUUGCUUGUGAUUCGUGGCCUUCAAGACAUGACCCCCGACGACCUGGUGACAAUCAGCUCACACUUUGGCCCACUGGGGCCUGUCCCUGCAGGCCGUGCUCAUGCAUCGCUUGGUCCAGGUGCGUCCGUGCUGCGAAUCGGGAACGUCCGUGAUGCGGCGGGCAAUCUCAUCUCCCAGCCAUCUUCGUCCAAGGACGAGGUUCUGGGCCGGGAUGGCUCUUCUCAGUACCGCCCUCAUGAUCGGUUGCCCGUGUGGCACACGGACGGUACCUUCAAGGAGACGCCAGAAGCAGGCACGGCGCUGUUUUGCCGCCAGGCGCCUCCCAGAGGUGGCGCAACCUGCUUUGCCGACGCGGUGGCCGCCUGGGAAGCAUUGCCGCCCGAACAGCAGCAACGGCUGGAGACAUUGGACUGCAUCUGCAGCCUGGCUCACCACGAUGCAAAGAUCCGAAAACGGAAUCCCGACUAUCCGAUGCUGAAGGACGAGGAGCGCUGCAAGAACCCUCCACGCCGUGUGCCUUUGUGCCUUGAGCAUCCAGAGACACAUCGACGAGCCAUCUAUGGCAUUAAUUCCAGCACCUGCUGCAUCGUGGAGAAGGGGCAAGACAUGUGCCCUACGAAGCUGCGCCACUAUGAGGAAUCUGGAGAUGAGGACGAGUCGGUGGCAAUUCUUCGCGAUCUGCUUGUUCAUGCAACAGCACCAGACUUCACCAUUAGUUGGCAGUGGCAGCCGGGAGACUUUGCCAUAUGCGACACGCGGUCCACGAUGCACUGCGCAACCUCCUACGAUCAGAGAUUUACCCGUGAGAUGUGGCGCACAACAAUAAUGCCAGGCCUGUUUGCAAGUUGA